AUGACGAGCUACGAAGAGGCCAGAGCUAAGCUGAACGAAUUUUUCCUGCCGAAGGAGAAUUCUACCUACGAGCGACAUUUGCUACGACAGAUGAAACAACGGUCGGGUGAGAACAUUGAUGCGUUCACUAUUCGACUGCGUGUUCAAGCUGAGCGCUGCGGCUUUGGAGAUAGAGUGGAAGAGAACAUUAAAGAUCAAAUUAUCCAGAACUGCCAGUCGGCUACGCUUCGCCGUGAUUUGCUGAAACGGGGAGAUGCCAGCCUCGAGGAGGUAUUGAGCGUUGCAAAAAUUUUCGAGACUGUGGCUCAGCAAGAAAAAUCGUUUUCCGGCGGAGGCGAAUCAAAACCACCCAUCGACGUAGUGAACAAAAUUGACACAGCACCGUACGGUAAGCGAAUGAAAUUCAACGACGCGAAACAACUGGAAUGCCAUCGUUGUGGCUACCUCGGUCACAUCGCCAAAGAUGACAGAUGCCCAGCGAAAAGGAAGGUAUGCAACAAGUGCGGUGGUAAGGAUCAUUUUGCGAAAAAGUGCCGUACCAAGCAAUCGAAAAGUGUGUCGACAAGGCCGGGCGGUAAUGAAAGAUUCCGCCAGCAAGGAAAUGCCCCAGGGAACAACACGGAUCGGAAGGAUGAGGAAGCGUACACGGUGAAACACAUAGCUGAUAAACAAGUGGAAUAUAUUUUCCAUUUGACUACGCCAGAUAGCAACGGAGAAGUGCAGUGCGAGAUCGGUGGUGUAGCCACGUCGGCAGUGAUUGACUCGGGUUCUAAAUACAAUCUGCUGAGUCAGUCAAACUGGGAGCAACUGAAGGAUAAGAAAGUGAUUGUAUCGAACCAACGACGGGAGGCCUCGAUGGUGUUCAAGGCAUACGGUGGACAACCGCUGCCACUGAUUGGUGUGUUUACCGCUGCAAUCAAACUGGGUUCCAUGAAGGCAUCAGCUGAGUUUUUUGUCGUGAAAGGAGAUGGAAAAACCCUCAUCGAUCGCGAUACCGCUACCGCCAUGGGCAUUCUGAAAAUUGAUAUACCGGUUAAUAAAGUGAACACUGACAUCGAUUGCGAGAAGCUGGGGACCAUAAAGGACAUUGUAGUGGAUAUUCCGAUCAAGGCGAAUGCUGUCCCAGUUGUUCAGCCAUAUCGACGUAUACCGGUUGCGCUGGAGAACAUGGUUGAUAAGAAACUUGACGAGCUGCUUCACCAAGGGAUCAUCGAGCCUGUGAAUGAGCCGGCAAAAUGGAUAUCUCCGGUAGUCGUAGUACCGAAGGGGGAUGACGACGUGCGCAUAUGCGUGGAUAUGCGCCGCGCGAAUGAAGCAGUUGAAAGAGAAAAUCAUCCCCUACCAACGUUUGAGGAUUUCCUACCGCAUUUGUCGAAAGCAAGAGUUUUCUCCCGUUUGGAUGUGAAACAUGCUUUCCAUCAGGUAGAGAUUUCGAAGCGAUCACGAGAAAUCACAACGUUUAUCACGCGCAGAGGCUUGUUUAGGUAUACCCGACUAAUGUUUGGUAUAAACUGCGCGCCUGAACUUUUUCAGAAGACUAUGGAACAAGUUCUAAGCGGCUGUGAAGGCUGUUUAAUUUUCAUUGACGAUGUCAUCGUGCACGGUUCUGAUCAGGAGGAACAUGAUGCGAGACUAAAAAAGGUUCUCCAACGGCUAAAUGAUUGGAAUGUAGCACUGAAUGAAGGUAAAUGUAUGUAUGGGGUUUCUGAAAUGAAGAUUUUGGGACAUAUUCUGUCAGUGGACGGAAUUAAGCCGGACACGGAUAAACUGGAAUCGAUUCGGCGUUUCCGGGAACCAAGCUCAGGAGAGGAGGUUAGGAGUUUUCUGGGUUUGGUGAAUUACCUCAGCAAGUUCAUCCCCGAUCUUGCGACGUUGACGUACCCAUUGCGGCAGCUAACGGUUCAGAAGCAAAACUUUGUCUGGGGAGUUGAACAACAAGCUGCAUUCGACAAAUUGAAAGAACAUAUGACUCAUCCUACAACACUAGGCUACUUUGAUGUUUCGGAUCGAACCCAACUGUUAGCGGAUGCUAGCCCUGUCGGUUUGGGAGCAGUUCUCAUUCAGAUUAAUGAACAGGGACCUAGAGUUAUUGCCUAUGCUAGCAAGAGUCUAUCUGAUGUUGAAAGACGCUAUGCACAAAUUGAGAAGGAAGCGCUAGCACUUGUAUGGGCGGUCGAGCGCUUUCAUUUUUAUUUGUACGGUCGUCAAUUCGAGCUGAUAACAGACCAUAAACCGUUGGAAACUAUUUUCGGGUCUAGGUCAAGACCAUGCGCCAGAAUCGAGAGGUGGGUCGUUCGACUGCAGUCGUAUAAAGCCACUGUUGUGUACCGACCGGGGAAAUCAAAUAUCGCUGAUCCGUUAUCGCGUUUGGCCAUUACGAGUAACACGAUUGGAAAAACUUUUGAUGAAUAUGCUGAACAACAUGUUGCUUGGGUCGUUUCAAACGCAUUGCCGGUGGCUUUGAAAAUAACGGAAAUCGAGAAUGCUUCGGAGUCUGAUAAAAUAAUCCAGUCAGUUCGUAUCGGCAUCGAACAAGGCGUUUGGUCAGAUGAUGCUGGUCCGUAUAAAAUGUUUGCCACGGAACUAUGCUUUGCUGAUAAGAUUUUGUUGAGAGGAACCAGAAUAGUGGUACCGGAAGUUCUAAGGGAGCGAACAUUAGGCUUGGCGCACGAGGGCCAUCCUGGUAUGACCAUCAUGAAGCAGCGAUUGAGAGCAAAGGUGUGGUGGCCAAAAUUGGAUAUGCAGGUCGAGCGGUACGUUAGAAGCUGCCGAGGAUGCAUGUUGGUUGCAGCACCAUCUGCACCAGAACCAAUGAAACGGAAAGAAUUACCAUCGGGGCCAUGGCAACAUGUUGCCAUUGAUUUUCUCGGUCCACUUCCUUCGGGACACUACUUAUUUGUAGUGGUUGAUUAUUUCAGCCGCUACAUUGAAGUCGAAAUUAUGACGAAGACUGAUUCUAGCGAGACCAUCAAACGGUUGAAUUCGAUUUUUGCCCGUUUCGGCCUACCAUUGUCCAUCACUGCUGAUAACGGUCCUCAGUUCUCCAGCGAGGAAUUCCGAGAGUUUUGUGACACUAAUAACGUAAAGCUGAUUAGCACGACUCCAUAUUGGCCGCAGCAAAAUGGUGAGGUCGAGCGGCAAAAUCGAUCCCUAUUGAAAAGGUUGACAAUCAGCCAGGCUACGAAUGCUGAUUGGGUUGAAGAACUGAACAAAUAUCUACCUAUGUAUCGCUCUUCCCCGCAUUCCACUACCAAGAAGACGCCAUCGGAAAUGCUUUUCGGCUACAACAUACGGGACCGGCUGCCAUCAAUUUUUCAGCCGAAUGAUGAAGAUGAAGAAACCGCCGAUCGAGACAGAAUUUCGAAGGAAAAGGGAAAGUUGUAUGCUGACGAACGACGAAAUGCCAAACCGAGUCCCAUAGCCGUAGGUGACGAAGUUCUGGUGAAGAAAAUGACAAAGACGAAUAAACUGACACCGAAUUUCGAUCCAAAGGUCUUCAAAGUUCUCAAGAGGAAAGGCGGAGAUGUCAUAGUGUCUUCAGAAGAAUCUGGCGUCAAAUAUCGUAGACAUGUCUCUCAUCUGCAGCGAAUCCCAGAUGGCGGUGAUGCACAUUCGACUGUGGAAGAUGGAACGGAAGCAUCAGUGGAUCCAGAAGAUGAAAGAGAUUCUCAAACCCCUGACAACUCGGCAAGCAAGAAAGAUCGUUAUGAAAAUGUGGCAAGCGCACGUCCCUCUGAAAACAAGCGAGUUAUCCGGAAGCCCGCUUAUAUGCGGGACUAUGUACAGGCAGUUCGAGCAGAUUAA